AUGACCUUCACUUUGAUCUCCUGCGUCUAUGCUUGUGGCGUGGCGAAGCCGGGACAUGGCAGCCACACACCUUUCGCCGUGGGCCUCGCGCUGCUGUCAUGCGCAGGUUCUGGUGGCCAGUACACCGGUGCUGCUUUGAACCCCGCGAGGGUACUGGGUCCGUUGGCGGUCUUCGACUGUGGCAAAGAUGUCGUCGGGCUCUAUAUCGGAGGCCAGUUCGUUGCGGCCUUGCUGGCGAUGUCCGUUUUCGCCUUCGUCUCGGGGCUCGGCCCGCUGAACCCUUGGCUGGCCAGGAGAGCUUUGAACCUUUCCUGGCCGGAGGCAGUAUACCUCUGGAUCACGGGCUCACCGCCAAGUCGCCUGCAGAAGACAGGCCGUGAGAACAUCAACGACUUUAAGCACGCUUUCUCCGAGUUCUAUGCCUCCGAGGGUUCCGAGGCACCCAAGUCCAA